AUGAAGACCCCGGCCCCGACGCUGGAGGAGACAGACCUUUCUGUUCAGGACCCUGCUCUUUUCCCCAAAGAGAAUCCAGAGGAUAAGUGCGGUAGGGGUCUCCUGGAAGCCAGACCUGAGGAACCAGUGACAUUCAGGGAUGUGGCUGUGGACUUCACCCAGGAGGAAUGGGGUCAGUUGGACUUUCCUCAAAGGGCCCUGUACCGGGAUGUCAUGCUGGAGAACUACCAGAACCUUCUUGCCCUUGGGCCUCCGGUCCACAAGCCAGAUGUGAUCUGCCACCUGGAACGAGGUGAGGAGCCAUGGAGGGUGAACAGAGAAGUCCCCUCAGGGAUAUGUCCAGACUGGGAGCCCAGGCCUGCGAUGAAGGAGGAGGGCUCUGCCCAGCAGAAUAAUCGCAAAGCACAAGUGGCCCAGGCGUGGCCGCAAGGGCCCAGCCUGGACGGGGUACGGGCCUGGGAGGUCCAGGUGGACACUCCAUGGAGAAGGGACGCUGUGCCCCGAGGGGACUUCACCCCCCAGGAGAGCUGCUGGGGACACGGUGGGUCUGGGGAGGGUGCCCCCCGCCGGUGUCCCCGCGUCACCACGCCCAGCGUCCUUGCCAGAGGACACGCACCUGUCAGAUGCCCCACAGCUGCCCAGAGCACCCAAGGCCACCAGCAAGAGCGCCCGGGCACCAAGGAUUUGCGAUCGGGGGGUGUACCAGGGCGGCGGCGCGGGGCGGGCGCCGGCGCGUUCCCGUGCGCCGAGUGCGGCAAGGCGUUCCCACGGAGCGCGGCCCUGGCGCUGCACCGGCGCUGGCACCGGCGCGAGAAGACGCACACGUGCGGGGAGUGCGGCAAGGCCUUCCCCUGGAGCGCCAGCCUGGCGGAGCACCAGCGGCGCCACAGGGGCGAGAAGCCGUUCCCGUGCGGCGAGUGCGGCAAGGCCUUCAGCUGCCGCUCGUCGCUCAACGUGCACCGGCGCCUGCACACGGGCGAGCGGCCGUACAAGUGCGGCGCCUGCGCCAAGGCGUUCAGCUGCAGCUCGCUGCUCGCCAUGCACCUGCGCGUGCACACCGGGGAGCGCCCGUACGCGUGCGCCGAGUGCGGCAAGGCCUUCAACCAGCGCACGCACCUCACCCGCCACCGCCAUGUGCACUCGGCCGAGAGGCCGCACCAGUGCGGCACCUGCGGCCGCGCCUUCCCCUGCCCCUCGGCCCUGGCCGCCCACCAGAAGACCCACAGCGGGGCCAAGCCGUUCCCGUGCGGCGACUGCGCCAAGGCCUUCCGCAGCCGCGCACGCCUCGCCCUGCACCGGCGCAGCCACACCGGGGAGAAGCCCUUCCCCUGCCCCGAGUGCGGCAAGGCCUUCAGCUGCCACGCGUACCUCGCGGUGCACCAGCGGAUCCACAGCGGGGAGAAGCCGUUCCAGUGCACCGACUGCGGCAAGGCCUUCAAGUCCCACGCCUACCUGGCCGUGCACCGCAGGGUGCACACCGGCGAGAAGCCAUUCGACUGCAGCACCUGCUGGAAAGCCUUCAGCUGCCACUCGUCGCUCAUCGUGCACCAGCGGGUCCACACCGGGGAGAAGCCCUACAAGUGUCCCGUGUGCAGCCGGGCCUUCAGCCAGAACCACUGUCUGAUCAAGCACCAGAAGGUCCACGACGGGGAGAAGGCCUUUCGGUGUCGCCAGUGCGGUGAGGCCUUCGGCUGGAGCGCGCACCUCCUGGAACACCAGCGGCUGCAUGCCGCCGCCGAGAGGCCCUUCGCCCUGCAGCUGGGCCGCCACCUGCUGAGCACCUACUACGUGCCUGCAGACCUGCUAGGCACCGAGGACACGGGUGGUCGGGAUGUGGAGCCCAUGAAUGCCCUGGAGGUGGCCAAGCUCUUGUGUGUGGUGCAGCCGCCACCCAGCAGGACUUCACCACCGGGAAGUAAGGCCAGCAGUUAGAGAGGAUGGCCUUGGUCAUGCCCUAU